AUGAUGAUGCUCAGCUUACCGCCCAUCAUCCCCCGCGAUGACCACAUAAUAGGCUACCCCUCCGCCCUCGCCUUCUCCUCCCUCGACACCGACAACGAUGACAACCUCACCUCCAACCCACACCAACAUCCCGCCCGCCGCCCGCAAACGAGCCAGUCCAAUCCGCGCACCCCCCUCGCCCUCCUCGCAGCCGACGAAAAGCUAGUCCAGCAGCGCAAGCAAAACGUCCGCCGCUUCGGCGCCGGCUGGUUGCGCCCGCCAGGCAUCAACAAGACGUACCAGGCGACCAUGGACGAGGCGGCGGAGCGCGAGGAGCAGGAGGCGCAGGCGAGGCGGGAGAUGGCAAUGAUGGAGCUGGCGGAGGCGGAGCGGGAGGAGGAGGAGAGGAGGAGGGUCGCUGAGGGGGGUGAUGAGGAGGGGGAGGAGGAGGUGGGGGAGAGAGAUUUGGAUGCUGACGUCCCGGAGGCAGACGAUGGGGAGGAAGAGGAAGAGGAUGACGAAGACGAAGAUACGGAGGGGGAUCAUGAAGGCGCGAGUUUCAACGAGGAGAGCUUCAUUGAGGGGAGCGAAGUCAUGGCCCCCGAAGAGAUCAACGAGAUGUUGGAGAUGGAGGAGGCGGAGAUGAGUGGCAUCUUGCAGGAAGAGAGGGAGCUGGGGUUCGGCGAGAGGGAUCUGGAUGAUAGUGUCCCAGAGGCGGGCAGCUAUCAGCAUACGGAUACCGAGUUGGAGGAGGAGAGCAGCGAGGAGGAGAUGAUGUCGGCGCCGCGUCACGCGCAAGUACAGAUGAUGCCGCCGGCGGGAUCGAGGAGGGUGACGCCGUUGAGGGUCCAGCAUCAGGAUACGCCGCCGUUGAGGUCGCGUGGGAGAGGACUGAGGCCUGAUGCGGGCUCCUUCGACAGCUCUGAGCUCGGCGCUGGCAGCUCAUCCUUCCUGGGGAGCAGUCCGUUCGCUUCAAGGGGACGGACUCUUGGGGAUGACUCACGCCAGAGGAUGCUCAACACCAGACCGCCGCAACGGCGUGGACAUUGA